AUGUCAGGUCAGCAGGAGCAGCCGUCGCCGUCGCCGCCACCACCGCCACCGCCUCCACAGCAGUACCCGGAUGUUCUCGCACCCGACAGCCGCCACAGCUGGAUAAUCGCGGCUGCUGCUGCCUGGAACGUGUUCUGCUGCUCGCUGCUGCGUCGCACCAUGCCCGUGAUGUUCCGUGCAGUGGGAGAUGCGUUUGCCACCAGCUCCAAGGGGUCGGUCGCCUGGAUGAACGCCUUCAUCUACAGCCUGGCAUACACGCUGUCUCCGGUGACGUCUAUGCUGAGCCGCAUCCUGCCUUUGCGUUCGCUCUCCGUCGCGGGAGCCAUCUUAGUAGGGGCAAGUCAAGUGAUCUGCUUCCUCCUGGGCAGUCUCGCCACCAUGGUUGCCGUGAUCGGACUCUUGUGCGGUCUGGGAUCGGCGCUGUCCACGGUGGUCGACGAGAUGGCGCUGCACCUUCACUUCGAGAAGCAGCGCCGCAAAGCGCUCGCUCUCUACGGAGCGGCCUUCUCUUUGUCGGCGAUCGUGUACCCGCCGGUUUUCCUGACCCUGGUGGACACCUAUGGCCUCAACGGAGCGCUGCUCGUUUCCGGCGCGCUCUCGCUCAACGGUAUUGCGGGAUCAGUGGUUAUCACCAGGCCCGUGUGGUUACCACCGGACAUUCCGCUGCCACCGUUGUAUUCGCGCGCAUCGGCUAUCGUGGCACAAGUGGAGGCACCGCCGCCUGCGCAACCUCAGGAGAAGGAUGCGAAAGGAGACGCAGCCGGAAUCGCGAAAGACGCGCUCACUGCCGACAUGCCGACUCGAGCAAGGCAAACGACUUCCAACUUGCAGCUGCCGGAUCCGGUCGGCAAGCACAGCGAAGACCCUGCCUCCAUAGCUGGCCUGCCAUCGGCUGCGCCAUCAGUUGCUACCUCGGUCGUAGCCUCGGGUUUGACAUCAGGCGCAGCCUCAGGAGCGGCCUCGGGGUUUGCGUCCGUCGAUGGCAUCCUGUCACCUUCAUCGCCGGCGUACCACGUCGCUUUCGCCGCCUCCGCCUUAAGAACAGAGGCGAGCGUAACAACCCCGCAAGGAGAAACGGGGGCCGCUGACACGUGCGGUAUGUCGAGCAUCGCCCUGGUGGCUCUGGCCGAACAGCAGGGCGCCACGAUCGACAACGUCUUUCGACACAAGGGGGCAUCGCCGACGGCGGCGGGCUCAGAGGUAGACAACACGAUUGGCGUCGUUCUGGUCUUCUACUGCGCCCUUACGUCGCUGUCGGUGACUGCCGGAGCAGUGGUCUACGACUACGCCAUGGCUGGUGACCGCCGCCGGUCCGUGUCGGCCGCCGUCGUUCUGGUCUCUCUGGGGGUGGGAGACCUGCUCGGACGCGUCGGCUACGAGAUCCUACUUGCCACCGGGGAACACCGCAAGGUGAUGGCGGUGCAGGCGUUCUUGCAGGGCGGCGUGCUUUUCCUCAUGGCGCUCGCCGAGGAGAUCUUCCUGCUGGUGCCGGUCAGCUUCGCCCUGGGCUGGCUGAGCAGCACGCUGGACAUGCUGCCCGUCCCUGUGCUGCGGCGAUUCGUGGAGCCGGACAUCGUGGACAAACAGCUGGGUCUGUGCCGCGGAGCGUCGGGCGUCGCAUGUCUGCUCGGGCCGGCGCUAGUCAUGAUCUUCCGCGACGGCGGAUCCAAGUCGUACUCGGCGGUGUUUGUCGUGUCCGGGUGCCUGUCACUCCUGGCCGGCACACUCUGGCUUCCGGGCCUCAAGAAGGAGCUGGACGAGGCCCGAGCGAAAGCGGCCACCGCGGUUGCACCUCCUGCAGCCAAGGGGGUCGACAUGAACGCAGUAGUAACCGCGGAAGAGGCUGCCGAUCAACCGGAACCGGAAAAGCACGACCCGGAUGCCGUGCAAGCCGGCAACGCAGAGAACCACUCCCCUGAAGCGGACGCGGCUGGACCACGCGCGCACCCACCCAGUGAAGCCGAACAAGUUCUGUCCGACGAAGCUGAAGCCCAGGUGCCUCCUCCUGGCUCGCAUCCCGGUGGCGCCCGUCCAGGGGGGCCUUAG